CACUUUCAUGGAUACCGCGGACGGGUGAUCCCUCACAACUCCAGCGAAGUUUCGACCAACACAGCAUUCUCACUCUUGACUCUGCUUUGCUAGACUUUUGAUACUCUCAAAACUCCACACAUUACUCCAACAUGAGCACCUUUCAGAAUGCGAUGAUCAACCGGUCGCUGGGCGACAUCAAGAACAAUCUCCAAUUCCUUCUCGAAUCCGAAGUCAUCAGCAAAGCUCAGCACGAUGCUAUGCUGCAGCAGCUUCCCGUCUCUGCCGAGAACUCGACGCGCGCUCUGCCUUCAGCACCCGCACAGCAGGUCACCAACCAGCUGUCCCAGAUGAAUCUCCAGCCCACACCGUCGCACACUCCCGCACCGGCCUCAGAGAAAAAGCAGAACAUCGGCUACUAUGCUGAGAACCCUGCGCCACCAGCCUACCCGUCGACACCCUCCCUCCCCGUCGGCCCCACGAUCCUCACACACGCUACCGCCAUGUAUCAAUACAACGCCCAAGACGCCGGCGACCUGGCCCUGCUGCCCAACGACAAGGUCGCCGUCACAGAGUACAUGAACGCCGAAUGGUGGAAGGGCAAGAACGAGCGCACCGGCCAGGAGGGCAUUUUCCCCGCCUCCUACGUGCGCAAGGAAGAGAAAUCCACGGUCCCCCCGCCCAGCAACUACGGCAACAUGCCUCUCGAUGUCUCCAACGGCGCUGCAUCGGGCCCCGUUGCGCAGCAGACGCCCGGCGAGCCGAGCAAGUUCGAGCAAGGCGGCAAGAAGUUUGGAAAGAAGCUGGGAAAUGCGGCGAUUUUCGGUGCAGGUGCGACUAUUGGUGGUAAAAUCGUGAACGGCAUUUUCUGAUCGCAUGUACAGGUGCGACUAUCGGUGGCAAUAUUGUCAACUCCAUCUUCUAGGAUAUCUUGUUACGCGCUUUGUCAUGUUCACUUCCGCUGUGUUCAAGAAGUUUGGCGUUUGGAUGGAUCUUGGGUAGUGAGUGCUUCUUCAUCUCUUCUGCUGACGACCCUUUUACGAUUCUGACGACUGUCAGAUAUUUCCUAGUCUCAAUUAUAUUACUUUCAAGUUUUGAG